CACACCCUUUAUCCCUCCUCCUUCUCCUCGCCCCGCCUUUCCCCUCCCUUCUCCUCAACCCCUCUAGUUCCUUCCCCGCCUCGGCACCUUCCACGAUCUCGCGAGACUUGACCCAGAACAUUGCGGAUCGGGUCGGCGCCAUUUUGGGACCGAGACUGGUUGUGGGGGAGGGAAAAGCGGCAAAAGGGGAUUAUUCAAAGUACCGAAAACCUCCUCCCGGGAUCGAGCGCAGCGGCACCCCCAGGCUAGGGGCACCUCUGGUGUAGCAGAAGGUGAUUGAAUUACUCAUAUAUGAAGAUCAUCUUCUAGGUUUUGUGUAAAAGGCCCCGGAUAUUUGAAGUGGCCAUUUUGGGAUUACAAUGUUUUUGGAUAAUUUUGCCCCAGAAGUUUAUUAAAAGUGGCAAGAAUCAUCUCUGAAGUGAAUUUAUAGUAGUGAACAAUUCUACAAGCUACUAAAAGGACCCAGGCAUUUCUUCAGUAUUUUGGUUCAAACGGAUUAUAUAACUGGUUAAAUUAUUUCAGCUGGUGGUAUUUUUUUGCCUCUUCCCCCCCCUUCCCCUGUAGUUGUUCUUAAGCCAAAACUGUAAGAUAUGUGUUGAUUUGUGUACUGAGUAGUUUCGGCAGUUUCAAAUUACUGUUUAAAUAUUGCUGAAAUUUCUUGGCAGUUUAUUUUUACCUUUAUUAAAAGUUUUAGGAAUUUUUGACCUCAGCCCUUUUCAUGUCACAAUGGGACAGCUUUUCUAAAUGAAGACAUUGAAAGAAUACAGAGUUUUUUCCCUUUUAUCUUUUAUUUACGUGGAAAUUUAAGAUGUUGCAGUUUUCCAGCAGCAUGGUAGUAUUGAGAUAGCUAUCUCUCUAUAUGCUGAUGUUUAGGAAUGCUCUUCAGAUGUGAAAUUUUCUUUUUGUUUUUGCUUUUUGGCUCAUAAGUUGGAUAUUUCAUCUGGAGUGGAUAAGUACAACAGUGACAAGUACAUGGAAUAAUAAAGAAGACUUUAAAAUCUUAAAUCCAAGGAACUUGGCUAAUUCUGGAGAUAGCCAUAUGAAAACUUUAAAACAGAAGUAUGGGUAGCUGACUUGAAGUAACUCUAUGUCAAAUAGUCAUAGGUUAAGUAUCUUCAAAGAACUUGGAUAUUAUUUCAGAGGAUACAAAAUAAAAAAACAAACUGGAAAACAUAAAGAUUACAGAGAAAAACCCAACACCUUCCUGUGCAGUCCUGUUGGAAUUUGGACUUGCCAUGAGGUGUUGAAGCCUUGUUUCACGGAGUUGGAGAGACUGGACCUAAAUGGCGCAGCAUGACUUUGCUCCAGCCUGGCUUAAUUUUCCUACUCCACCAUCAUCAACAAAGUCGUCAAUAAAUUUUGAGAAGCAUUCUGAAAACUUUUCAUGGACAGAAAAUCGUUUUGAUGUGAAUCGUCGACGACACAACUCCUCAGAUGGCUUUGAUUCUGGUAUUGGACGUCCUAAUGGAGGUAAUUUUGGAAGGAAAGAAAAAAAUGGAUGGCGGAUGCAUGGAAGAAAUGGUACUGAAAACAUAAAUCAUCGAGGGGGAUACCAUGGUGGAAGUUCCCGUUCUCGUAGCAGUAUUUUCCAUUCUGGAAAAAGCCAAGGACUACAUGAAAACAGCAUACCUGACAAUGAAACGGGGAGGAAAGAAGACAAGAGAGAACGCAAACAGUUUGAGGCUGAGGAUUUUCCGUCUUUAAAUCCUGAAUAUGAGAGAGAACCAAAUCAGAAUAAAUCUUUAGCUGCAGGUGUAUGGGAAUAUCCUCCGAAUCCUAAAUCUAGAGCUCCAAGGAUGCUGGUCAUUAAGAAAGGUAAUACAAAAGACUUACAGCUAUCUGGAUUCCCAGUGGUAGGAAAUCUUCAAUCACAACCAGUUAAGAACGGGACUGGUCCAAGUGUUUAUAAAGGCUUAGUCCCUAAACCUGCUGCUCCACCUACAAAACCUACACAAUGGAAAAGCCAAACUAAAGAAAAUAAAGUUGGGACUUCUUUCCCUCAUGAGUCUACAUAUGGUGUUGGCAACUUCAAUGCUUUUAAAUCAACUGCCAAGAAUUUUAGUCCAUCAACAACUUCAGUGAAAGAGUGUAAUCGCUCAAAUUCCUCUUCACCUGUUGACAAACUUAAUCAGCAGCCUCGUCUAACCAAACUGACACGUAUGCGCACUGAUAAGAAGAGUGAAUUUUUGAAAGCAUUGAAAAGGGACAGAGUAGAAGAGGAACAUGAAGAUGAAAGUCAUGCUGGCUCAGAGAAGGAUGAGGAUUCAUUUAAUUUGCAUAACAGCAAUAGUACUCACCAAGAAAGGGAUAUAAACCGAAACUUUGAUGAAAAUGAAAUUCCACAGGAGAAUGGCAAUGCCUCAGUAAUUUCCCAGCAGAUCAUUCGGUCUUCAACCUUCCCACAAACCGAUGUUCUUUCCAGUUCACUUGAGGCAGAACACAGAUUGUUAAAGGAGAUGGGCUGGCAAGAAGACAGUGAGAAUGAUGAAACAUGUGCUCCCUUAACUGAGGAUGAAAUGAGAGAAUUCCAAGUUAUUAGUGAACAGUUACAGAAGAAUGGUCUGAGGAAAAAUGGUAUUUUGAAAAAUGGCCUCAUCUGUGACUUCAAGUUUGGACCCUGGAAAAACAGCACUUUCAAACCCACUAUUGAGAAUGAUGACACAGAGACAAGUAGCAGUGACACAUCAGAUGAUGACGAUGUGUGAAGGAUUUCCUAACAGCUUUAGAAAUUUUAGUGUGAUACAUCUCUCAUACAGUUUGGGGUGAAUUGUAAAAAUGAAGAACUAUAAUUUAUGUAGUAAAAUACCCCAUUAGAAGAUGAUUUUUUUGAGGGACUUCACUAUGAAGAAAACCAAGAAUGUUGUGUUGGGCUGUGUUGAACAUUAUUUCUUUGUAAAUGAAUGUUGUAGAAAUGAGGACUUUGGUUGAUCCAACAUUGACUUUCUUCAUCACUGCAGCAUUUCUCUGACUAGCAAUGUGACGAUGUAACAAAUGAGAUUUUCUCAUUUAAUAAUAAAAAAUUGUGUAAUGUUUUGCAAAGCUUCUGUCUUAAAAUGUCGAACAGGUCUUAAGAAAAAAGGCAGCUUACACUGUUUUGCUUGCAGAGUCCUAUCUUUUUCGUACAAUGGAAAUCUUCAAGUCCACUUUGUGCUCCCCGCCCCCAAAAGGACAAUGUAGCAUGUUGGCUAAAACUGGAGCAGAGUGCACUAAAACAUUAAUUUCCUGAACUCAAGUGUUGUACUAGUCACCUUUUAAAACAUAAAUUGCUCUUUAGCCAUUUGUAGUUCGGUAAACGUUACAGGAAAGACUUGACACACUUUCUUCCAAAUUUUAAGAGGUGAUUUUCAAGAACUUUAUUUGGAUAUGUUGUCAGACCAGGACUUUCAGAGUUGAUGGAAGAGUCUUGUGGGAAAACUUAUUUUGAUAAAUUAUUACACAUGCAGAAAAACUGAUCACACUGACUGGAUCUGUCCACACAUGGAAAAUAAACUGGAUUUUCAGAA